CACCACGACGUGUCAGAAGCGCAGAAAGCGAGUUCUUGCUGCACCGUGCGUCCGAGGGGGAGACGCUCGUGCGCUCGUCUUGACGUCAGGAGGAGCACGAGCCGAGCGGCGCUGCGCACAAGCCCGGCCAGCAGCAGCAGCAGCAGCGCAUCACUGCCGGAGGCAAAGGAGCGCACAUCCCGGGCACAGAUCGCCAUUUCGCCGUAGCGUGGCGAAUCCAGUCAGCGCAGUAGGAUGCCUCUUGGAGAGGAUGGCAACGGAUGGAAAAAGAAGACGUCCGACAUUAAGGAAUAUUAUGACUUCAAAGAAGUGCUGGGAACGGGCGCCUUCUCUGAGGUGCUGCUCGCCGAGGAGAAGAGAACCCAGAGGCUAGUGGCCAUCAAGUGCAUCCCAAAGAAAGCUCUGGAAGGCAAAGAGAACAAUGUGGAGAACGAGAUCGCCGUACUACACAGAAUCAAGCACCCUAACAUCGUCUCGCUGGAGGACAUCUUUGAAAGCACAUCUCAUCUGUACCUCGUCAUGCAGCUUGUAUCAGGCGGCGAGCUGUUCGACAGGAUUGUGGAGAAGGGCUUCUACACGGAGAGAGACGCCAGCCAGCUCAUCCGCCAGAUCUUGGACGCAGUCAAAUAUCUCCACGAUAUGGGGAUUGUGCACAGAGACUUGAAGCCGGAGAAUUUGCUGUAUUACAGCAUGGACGAAGACUCCAAGAUCAUGAUCAGUGAUUUCGGCUUGUCCAAGAUCGAAGGAGCCGGCAGCGUCAUGUCCACGGCUUGCGGUACUCCUGGAUACGUGGCUCCGGAGGUCCUCGCCCAGAAACCGUAUAGCAAAGCCGUGGAUUGCUGGUCCAUAGGAGUCAUUUCGUAUAUUCUAUUGUGUGGCUAUCCUCCGUUUUACGACGAGAACGACGCCAAGCUGUUUGAGCAGAUCCUGAAGGCGGAGUACGAAUUUGACUCUCCCUACUGGGAUGACAUCUCCGACUCAGCCAAAGACUUCAUCUGCCACAUGAUGGAGAAGGAUCCUCUGAAAAGAUACACGUGUGAGCAGGCACUGCAGCAUCCAUGGAUCUGUGGGGACACGGCUCUGGACAAGAACAUCCACGAAUCCGUCAGCGCUCAAAUCAAGAAGAACUUUGCCAAAAGCAAAUGGAAGCAAGCAUUCAACGCCACGGCGGUGGUGCGCCACAUGCGUAGGUUGCAGCUGGGGACCAGCGUGGAGGGACCCAGUCAGAUCACUCCCACCAGCCCCUGCCAUGGACUUCUGCUGCCUGAAGAGGAGGAGGAUGAGGAGUUAGGGAACGGCGAGGAAGAGCGCUUGUCCCACUACAGCGACGGGCGGCGUGGAAGCGCCGACGGCAGCACGGACCGGGACAGCCUGAGGAGCUGCACCUACUGCUGCAGGCCGGCCAGUCGCAUCUGAGCACAACCUCACUUUCCUCUUUUUAUCAUCCGAACGAUUCAUUCCUAAACGAUGACAUUAGGAGUCCCCGCGGAGCAUCCAGAGCCCGUCCGCCCAGUCUGGCUCGGAAAUGGCUCAGAUCCAUGCGAACCUUAAUAGUUCUGUACUCGGGGCUCAGACUGGGUCGGCGUUGAGUGGUUCUGACCUGCAGUGUCUCUGCAUGCUGGGGAAAGGAAGUGAAAACAUACGGAGUCUAUUUUUCCUUCUUUAUUUUAUGGUUGUUUUGUUGACAAUCGAGGCCCAGACUGAGAUCUGACACAACGUUUGGCCCGGGAUCUCAGCGUGGGCGCUCGGCCUGCCCCGUGGCGUGCAACCUCUAUCGUGGAAGUCGGUCUCCUGUUUGCAUGACCUGGUGAAAAAUAUGUUUACAUGAAUGAUGCUCAUUUUAGUAUACACACACCAUGAAGAUGAUGAUUAUUGUUCUUCUUAUGACUACUCUGUUGUAUUGACGAUGUACUGCUGUCAUUUUUGAGCUAUAUAAUGUGAAGUGAGUAACACCAAAAAAAAAAACAAAAAACAAACAACAGCACAGUGGACGUAUUGUUUGACAUUUCUCUCAAAAAUCCUAUUUUUUGUGUGUGUUUUUGUGCACUCCAUCGACAAAAGUAUUGGGACAGAAUGCCACGUGGAAAAUCAGACGAAAAAAAUCAGCAGUUUGCAGCUAUAAGAGCUUCCACUAUUCUGGCGUGUCCCUAUAAUUUUGUCCGUUUUGUUUUCAUCUAAAUACCCAGGCAUAAAAAAUAUAUACAGUAAUCCCUCGUUUAUCGCGGUUAAAUGCUAAGUGAAUUUUCACUGAGUACGACUCAAUGUUCAUUGCGGCAUUGGCAUUAAAAAAAACUUCUAACUAUGCUUUUUAACAUUAGAGCCCUCUUGACAUGAAAUAACACCCCUAUAGUCAACUUUACACUUUUAUUACCCAGUAUAGUAGAUAUAAUCAGGGAAAAUUAGACAUAUUAGACGUAAAUAAGAUAACAAACUUAUCAUUGUACUCCAAUUGCGGCUUUAAAUAAAUAAGUAAAUAAUCUAUUUGAGACGGGAAUAAAACUGCUGUUUCCGGGGGACCCAGUGCCAAAUCACGUCGGAUGUUCCUAGCUGAGUUUUAGCUUGUCAUAUUGUUAUCGGAUUAUUAUUGUGUGAGAUUAAUUUAAAUUUACGAUUAACUAGCUGCUCUGGUGAUUACCUCACAUUUUAGCAACACAUAGUGGCCAAUUGCUGUGUAUUUUAGUUCACUGAGUCAUUUUCAUGCUAAAAAAUACUUAAUUUAGGCCAUGAAUGUGUAAUUUUCUGAACUACUAAAAGGCCAUAGUUCGCCACAAAACAGCGAUCAUUUAUGAAGUUAUUAUUUUUGGAAAAAAAAAAUGGAUAUCGUGAGAAAGUGAUAUUCAAACCGCAGUAAAGCGAGGGACAACUGUAUACCAGCAACAAAGAAAUUAGGAAAAAAAGGGAAACAUCUAAUUGUUCUCAUUGUGCAUGCUAGCCUUGGAAGUCGCUUCUCAUAUCCCCCCCCAAGCUCCUUUCACACAGCCUUCCCGCCUAUUUUUCCUUGAGGUGGUUCUAUAAGAACGCCACUGGCACGGAAUAAGGAGACAAAGCUGACCCGGCAACGUGUUUGGAGGUAGUAUCAUAGCCGUAAAAGAGGCGGGACGGCGUCUGUGUCUGUGUUAAAGGCACACAGUUGCUCCACUGUUACGGCUUUUUAAUUUCGCGGGAAUUCUGUGUGAAAGAGGCUGCAGGAACUUCAGUCACACCACCACGAUGCUAAGCCGCUUCCAUCCAUUUCAAAUACGACCCAAAUCUCCAAACACAGUAGAGUCCAGGAAAGCAAUCACUAUGUAUUUCUGCAAAAUAUGCAAACUUGUGUGUGAAGGGCUUCAUCGUCAUGUCAAAUAGCCAUCACUUUGAUACACUAUGACGACCAUGAUGAUGAUGAUGAUGACACUCUACAUACGUUUACUUGCACCAUCAAGCUUCAUUUCACCCAUCACCUCACCUCACCUCCAAAUGCAUCGAUUUCAAUCACUUGUAUAAAUAUAUAGAAAUAUAUACAGUAUAUAUAAAUAUAAGUAUAUAUUGUAUAUCCUUUUUUGUAAAGCUGUUUUGAGCUACAAACGUAUGGAUGCAAUGCAUCACGGCUUACUGAGCAAGAUGUAAGACAAAUACAAUGAUUUGUACCCACGGAAAGCAGGAAAUGAAAUAAAUCUUCCCUGUCUAUGCAUUGUCUG